AUGGGAGAAUGUAGAGCGUGGCCUUAAUAUUGUGAAGAAGAUAGGAUUGAAGCUCUUAUUGAAGCUCUUCCUCUUACAUGUUCAGAUGUUCCAUUUCAUCUAACUCUUCCCAAAGCUUCAACGAACCAACCAACAUGCUCCACUUCAACUCUCUUGUGAGAGGCAUGUCGGUUUCACCUUCUCCCUUAACUUACAUUUCCAACACGGUGGAUUGCACUUGUGCAUUUUCCCCUCCAACCACAACACUGCAAGUGCUUCCUCUGAUGAAGACUGCAAUCCCCAAAUCGCCCUUUGUUUGUUGCUCCCAAAGGGUUCUCCCCAUUGAGGACCUUCAAAUGACUGGUUAUUUGAACGAUGGGAAUGAAGGUGUUGCCCUUGGUGACUCUUUCAGUGAAAAGGUUCUGAAGGAGAGGAUUAGAAGAAUGAGAAUUGGACUCGCAAACAAAGGAAAAGUGCCUUGGAACAAAGGAAGGAAACACACUGCAGAGACUCGGGAGCUAAUCAAGCAAAGAACAUUAGAGGCUUUGAGGGACCCCAAGGUGAGGAAAAAGAUGGCUGAACACCCCCAUUCUCAUAGUGAUCAAAUCAAGGCUAAAAUAAGUCAUUCGAUUAGACGUGUAUGGCAUGAGCGGCUGAAGUCAAAGCGGUUGAGGGAGCAAUUUUUCCUUUCAUGGGAACAAAGCAUAGCAAAUGCAGCCAAGAAAGGAGGUAGUGGUCAGGAAGAACUAGAUUGGGAUAGCUACAAUAAGAUAAACCAACAGUUAGAGCUUGACCAACUUCUACAGGCUGAGGAAAAGGAAAAAGAAAAGCUGAUGGUAGUUGCUGGAGCACAGAAAUUUAUUCAGACAUGGAGGGAAAGCGUAGCCAAUGCAGCUAAGAAAGGAGGUAGUGGGGAACAAGAACUUGACUGGGAUAGCUAUGAAAAGAUACAAGAAGAAAUGGUUAUCCUCCGGCAGCUUCAGCGCACUACAGAGAAGGCAAAGGCAAAAGAGAUGGCAAGGGUAAGAGCAGAGAAAGCAGCUAGGAUAAAAGCAAUUAAAAAGGUAAUGGUCACUCAAAAGAGAAAAGAUCGUCAAGAGAAGACUAAAGCAAGAGGGAAUAUCAAGAGUCAACCAUGCAAAAAUGCAGAGGAAGGCAAAGGUGCCUUGGACAGUCAAGAGUUCAAACUUUGCACUAAAUUAAAAAAGAUUCACAUAAGUAAGAACAUCAACGGUGAAGGAGCUGGAGAAGGAGACAUUUUUAAUUCCAUUUUUCCAAUUUACAAUAAAUUGAAUUUAGAGCUCAUCAAGAGAGAAAAAAUGCAGAAAGAGGUAUCACUUGCGGAUCAGAUCCAAGCUGCCAGAGACAAAAAGGGCAAACUCCACUAAUAAGGAAUCUUCAUAUUCUGAUUACUCAUUUACUUGGAUGUUUGUAUCCGUAUUAUAGUUUCUAUGUUGUAACAAAUAGCUAAUGAGGUGUAUGUAGAACAACGUAAGCACUACUAGUAGUUUGUUGGUAGUAGAACAGGAAAUGGUCGGAUUAAUUUGAACUCGUGCUUUUACUUGGCUUCGGAUUCCAGCUCAUUUUCUCUUAUUCCUGUUUCUCUAUUUCUUUGUAAAGAAAUCUUGAUCUCCCUUUCUCCCUCUAUUGUUAUGAAGAUAAUUUUAUAUU